CCCCGAGCAGGUUACGAGAAGAGACUGGCUUACCCGAUGGGGUGAGCGGUCUGCUGGGCUGGGGACCCGAGGAGGCAGCGCAGGCACCGGGCUCUCCCUGAUGCACACCGGCUCUGCUUCACCCCACCGGGCUGAGGUUUUAUGUGGCUGUUCGCACCCAUUUAGCCCUUGAGUGUCUGUCUGGCUUCCACUGCUUCAUUCCCACUGUCUUCACAUUUGGACUUUGGAAUGAUGGGAACUACUUAUCUAGCAGUCCUGGACACCAAGAUCAGGUAUCAGCCUAAAACUACAUCACGAAAGAGCCAUGUCACAGCUCCUUCAACUCCAGAACAAACACCUAUCACAGCUACCUUGUCCCAUGGCAAAUGAGGAGGUGCGCAUGCUCGCUGCGUCCCAGAGGGCGUCUGCGCCGGCUUCUCCCCACGUGUGGCGCGAGCCAGAGGGCAUCAUGUUGUGAGGACAUGGGGGCUGCGGUGACUCGCCUAAUAAGGAAUUUCAACCUGGAGAACCGUGCUGAACGGGAGAUCAGCAAGAUAAAGCCCUCGCGGGCCCCCAGGCACCCCUCGACCAAGAACCGCCUGCGGGAGCAGAUGAGUCGCCAUCCAGAAAUUGAGGGAGAAAUUUCCAGAAAAGAUGACAGACUGUUGUCCUUCCUAAAAGAUGUAUAUGUGGAUUCCAAAGAUCCGGCGCCUUCUGUGCAGGUGAAAGAUGCUGAAACUCCUCAAGAGCCAAAGGAAUUCAGGUUGCCAAAAGGCCAACAAUUUGACACGAUGAAUAUGAACAUUCCCAGAGGCAAAAUUUCCAUUGAAGAGGCAUUGACACUUCUCAAUAAUCAUAAACUUUAUCCAGAAAAAUGGACUGCUGAGAAAAUAUCAGAAGAAUACCAUCUGGAACUGAAAGACGUAAAUUCCCUUCUCAAAUAUUUUGUUACCUUUGAAGUCAAAAUCUUUCCUCCUGAAGAUAAGAAAGCAAUACAAUCAAAAUGAAGAAAAUCUUGGAAUUACUUUUGCUAUAUAUUCUCCCAUUCCCAUACCUUGUUUCUUAUUUUUAGCAUAUAUAAAUUACUGAAUGUUUAAAGCUUC